AUGGGCGACGAGUUCGUUCCGAGGGACGCGCUUGACGCGGUGCACGAUUUCGAGACGGAGUGCCUGUCGCGCGGAAUCGGUGCGUUCAUCGAUCGAAUGACGUACGUUAACGCAUCAUCGGACGCGGUGGAGGCGUACGUGGUCAGUACAGAGGUGUGUGACGGGACGCGAGAUGCGGCGGCGAUGUCGAGUGCGAGGAUGGCCUCGGCGAGUGAGGCGAGUCGCCGAAUGCGGGCACACGUCGAGUACCUCGCGCGCGUUGUUCGUCAACACGCGCGAGAGCGAGCGAACGAGCGCGACGCGGUUGUGUUAUUACGGGAGACGUUUGAUGAGGCGUACAGGGUGCUCACGAGUGGGAUUUGUUUCGAGAGCGAGCCGAGGUUGUCAUCGCCAGCGGCGCGCGCGGGUGACGCACGAGCUUUGGCGACGACAAUGCGCGCGGAGGUACGCGAGGAGCUUCGCGUCGCGAAUUUGGCGUAUAUCGAAAACGCGUUCGCGAACACUACGGUCGACGCGUGGAUCGAGCGGAUAUUCACGGCGUACGAUGUGUGUCGCGUCGUUGGAAAAUUUUGGUCGGCGCCGGUGAGCAAGAACGCGUUCGAUCUCAUUCAAGCGCAUUACAACGCGCUAGAUUUCCUGACGACGAGCGUGAACUCAGGGUCAGAGAUGAAAAGAACUGGAUCCCGUGCAAUGGCAUUUCUCAUCAACGCCGCGCGGGACGUUUUGCGAAGCGCCGAUUCGUGCGGAGCGGCCACGAAAAUUGAGAACGGACGAUACUUCGUCUCGAGAACGUUCGACGUCAUCAUGAGCGAACUCUCCCUGGAGUGCGGAUUAUCGAGAGUCGGUCUGGAGUUUUUGGACUUUCACACGCGCGAUGGAAGCCAUUCUUUGUCGCUCGAAUUGGAAGAAAUCUCCCACAUCGACCAGUGGUGCUCACAGUCGAACGCUUCAGCGUCGACCAUCAUCAAUCUCAACGCCCACGCCUUGCUCGACCUCGUCAGAGGUCUCGAGACGAUAGAUACAUCCAUGAUGGGAUGUCACCGCGGACGCGAGCCGACGCGGGCACGAGAGCUCGCGUCGGCGCUCGCGCGGACGAUUGAAAAGGUUCGCGAUAGCGGAUGCGUCAGCGUCGCCGGAUCCUUCGAGGCGGCCGCGGUGAGCGCGAUGACACGCGAGACAGUCAAUAGUGUCACCACGGGCACGUCGCCGACGCCCACGACGUCCGCAACGCCGGUCAGUGAAGGACGUCUAGCGAUGGUGUCCGCUGCGUUGGCGACGGCUUUCAUCAGCGUCUUGGCGCUUAUCGCGUGGAUCACGUUCUCCUGCGCUAAGCGCACGAUGGCCACGCACAAACGUGCGCCCUCAAACGGCUACGCGCGAUACGUCGACGACGACAUCCCGAGCGAGGAAACCAGAGUCCGAGCUCUCCGCCGUUCGCCCGGCUCGCCGCCGCGCAGCACCAGACGCUUCUCCUUCUCCGCCGCCGACGCCAACUACGUCCAGCGCACGCGCUCGCUUGACCCAGAACACCUUCACUUCUCGUGA